AUGCCACGAGGCACAAACAAGGAGGCGGACGACAAUGCCAAGAGGGUGUCCCGCCGUCUGCUUCAGGAGCCUGGCGUAUAUGAGAAGCGGCUCUUCAAGCCGUCGGCAGCUCCCCCCGCCACGGGAUCAGCACCACCUAGAGAGGAUCUCCCACAGGCUCCCCCGUCAGGCGCCCCAACUUGUGGCCCGACCUUGGGAGCUCGCCUCCUCCUCACGCACGAGCCUCAGGAUGGGUGCUUGACCGAGGAGUUCAAGGCAUACCUGCUUCAGGGCACCCUAUUGAAGAAGGAGGAAGACGCGGAGCGUGUGGCCCGCCAGUCCACUACAUACUGCAUCCAGGACGGUGAGCUCUGUCGAAGGCGUCCGAACGAUGUUUCUUUACGAUGCAUCUCCAAGGAGCAGGGAUGCGAGCUGCUAGCCGACAUUCAUGGCGGGGACUGCGGGCAUCACUCCUCAUCGCGCACCCUUGUGGGCAAGGCGUUCCGCAGCGGAUUCUACUGGCCCACGAUGCUCAACGAUGCCGCAUAA